UGGCGACCAUAGCGACGUCUGAUCUAAUGUGACACAUAAACCGCUACAAUAUAUACCUAAUAGAACUAGGUCCAACGGUCUCAUGUACCACGUAAUUGUCAUUACAGCUGAGCCCUCAAGCCAUCCCAAAAAUGUUGAAGCACUCAGCACCCACGAUAUGUUGAAAUAAUGUCAUUGGAUCUCGUUACUUGUGUGCAGUUAAUCAAGACAAAUUUAGUGUGAAUCUGAGGACUGGGGGGUGAAUGUUGAUAUACAAUGGCGGUGAACGCGAACGUAUUGUCCAGUGAUAUAAGCAGACGAAAUCCUCAGGAUGAGUAUGAACUCAUUCAGAGAAUUGGCAGUGGCACUUACGGAGAUGUUUACAAGGCUAAGAGACUUUCUAUGAAUGAUUUAGCUGCUAUUAAAGUCAUUAAACUAGAACCUGGAGAUGAUUUUGCUAUAAUCCAACAAGAAAUCCUCAUGAUGAAGGACUGUAAACACCUAAACAUAAUCGCCUAUUACGGUAGUUAUCUCAGACGAGAUAAAUUAUGGAUAUGCAUGGAGUACUGUGGUGGUGGAUCACUCCAAGACAUCUACCACAUAACAGGCCCACUGACUGAAAUUCAAAUAGCCUACAUGUGUCGAGAGACCCUGCUCGGUCUGGCAUACCUGCACGACAUGGGAAAGAUGCAUCGUGACAUUAAGGGGGCUAAUAUUCUUCUGACCGAGGCUGGUGACGUAAAGCUCGCGGAUUUUGGUGUGUCAGCGCAGAUAACAGCGACGAUAAACAAGAGGAAAAGUUUCAUAGGGACACCCUACUGGAUGGCCCCCGAGGUGGCAGCUGUGGAGAGAAAGGGUGGCUACAAUCAGCUCUGUGACAUCUGGGCCUGUGGAAUUACAGCCAUCGAACUGGCAGAGCUCCAGCCCCCGAUGUUCGAUCUCCAUCCCAUGAGGGCACUCUUCCUCAUGUCGAAAUCCAGCUUCAAACCACCGACUCUGAAGGAUCGUGACAAAUGGAGUCCGACGUUUCAUAAUUUUGUUAAAGUCGCUUUGACGAAGAAUCCGAAGAAGAGGCCGACAGCUGCUAAAUUACUGGCGCAUGGCUUCUUCCAGGAGGAUAUGAGCAAGAGACUUGCUCUUGACCUACUGCAGAAGGUGUCCAAUCCCAGCCACAUGUUCACGGAACUCGAUGCUGAUGAUGAUGGAGCUGUGCCCAAUGUGCCGCAGAGAAUUGCAUCGAGACACACUGCUGCAAGAGCUACACCAAAGAACUUUGUUUCGCAAUUAGAUAGUGAUGAUCAAAUAAAUCUUGAGAGUGGUACAAUCCGAGGCUCUACACCUUCAUCACAGCCAGAUGGAACCAAUCCUGUCUGGGAUAUCAUGGAUAUUAUGAACAACGUGAAGACUGUCCACAACUGUGAUGUACACCCCGACUGUGGAAUUGGUACAGCAUUCGACGACGUCCAAGAAAAGAGUCUAUUGCAGUACAUUGAUGAGGAGUUGUUGCUAAGGGGAAAUGCAAUGUCGAUGAUCGAUGGGCAUUGCGACCAGCUAUACUCCCUGCAGGCGACACUGCCACUGGGGGAGACGUCCAACGAGUGCGAGCUGCAUCAUGGGUAUUAUGGGAACCUCACAGGGUCACAAGCAAGUCCCAGGCGUCACAGCUCUGUGGACGAGUUGUAUGGUCUUGUGAGCGGUACAUUGUCACUGUCAUCUGUCAAUGGACAACGUCAGCGUUCGUUAUCCGACAGUGGGCCUAGGGAUGAUUCAACGAAGUGUAAUGGUGAGAAGGAAGAGUCGGGGGAUGGGGAGAACCAAAGUAUGGAGCCUGAUUUGUUGUCUGAUACCCCACCUGUACCACCCAGGAGGAGGGAUCGAAAGAGACAUACACCACCACGGCCUACCAGCAACGGUCUACCUCCGACGCCUAAAGUACACAUGGGAGCCUGUUUUUCCAAAGUAUUCAAUGGAUGCCCCCUCAGAAUACAUUGUACAGCCAGUUGGAUCCAUCCGGAUACGAGGGAUCAGCAUCUGCUGAUCGCAGCUGAAGAGGGAAUUUAUAAUCUGAACCUCAAUGAGAUUCACGAAACGGCGAUAGACCAGCUGUAUCCUAGACGGACGAUAUGGAUGUAUGUUAUCAAGGAUGUUCUCAUGUCUCUGUCAGGAAAAACUCCACAGCUGUACAGACACGAUUUAUUAGCAAUGCAAAGUAAACAAUCUCAUAGAUUUUCACUGCAUAUGAAUAAAAUACCCGAGCGCUUAGUUCCCCGUAAAUUCGCCCUUACAACAAAAGUACCAGACACAAAAGGCUGCAGCAAGUGCUGCGUGGGUCGCAAUCCAUACAACGGUUACAAGUACUUGUGUGGAGCAACGCCAGCUGGUAUAUUUUUGAUGCAGUGGUACGAUCCCCUCAACAAAUUCAUGCUGCUCAAACACUUUGAGUGUUCCCUACCAUCACCCCUCAAUGUAUUCGAGAUGGUAAUAACACCGGAAAUGGAGUAUCCCAUGGUUUGCGUAUCAGUUAAACAGGCCUAUCAGCAGAAUAAACUCAAGCUCGAUUUGAUUAAUAUGAACUCCGGCGCCAGUUGGUUUCAUAGUGAUGAGUUGGAGGACAUCGAUGGCUCGGCUACGGUCAUUCCUAGGCGGGAGAAUCUACAGGUCAUCAAUGUCACGCAGUUUGAUAAGGAUUCCAUCCUUGUUUGUCAUGAUAAUAUCGUUAAGUUUGUUAAUCUUCAGGGUAAACCUCGGGCCAGUAAAAAGCAAUUAUCCGAACUUCUAUUCAACUUUCAAAUUGAAUCAAUAAUUUGCCUUCCCGAUAGUGUUCUCGCGUUUCACAAGCAUGGAAUGCAGGGGAGGAGUUACAAAAAUGGAGAGAUAACCCAAGAAAUCAGUGAUCCUAGUAGAACAUACAGGCUGCUUGGUUCUGACAAAGUCGUCAUGUUAGAAAGCCACCUAGUUCACUCGGGUACAUUGACUGAGACUGAAGGAGCAGAUUUGUACAUAUUAGCUGGGCACGAAGCCAGUUAUUAAAUAAUUUGAAAAGUUUAAACUCUUAACUGUUCUUCAGGCAUAUUAUAAAAGUCAGCCAUUGAAAAUAAUUUAAAAAAUUUUUCAAUGAAAGAAGAAUUGACAACUGUUCGAGUUUCCAUUGUGAUUUUUCGCUAGAAAUUUUUCGUCGAGAUGAUGUGACAUCGAAGAAUUGUUAAUAGAAAAUUACAGGAGUUGGACAAUUCCUGAUGUCUUCAUCCUGCAUCGUAUUAUCAAUCGUAUUAUUAUUUAAAAAUAAUAAUAAUAGUUGAUUUAGCAAGUUACACUGGAAUAAUGUGAUAGAUAUUCUUAAAUUCCAGCCUUUGAUCAUGUAUUUUCUAGAUAAUUGAUUAAUUUUCACGAGUUUAUUCAAUUUUAACGGCGGUAUUUACUAUUUAUCCUUCCGCUUUUAAUCUAGAGAUUGACAAAAGAGAUUAUAACACUAUCCAUAGAUUUAAUGAAAACAAAUAUCCAACACAAUCAAUGUGCUUAUCGAUACUUAUCAUUAUGUUCGUUCAAUUCUGAAUGUAAUCCAAGGAUUCAACUGCUUAUCAUGAAUUUUCAUUUCGAUUAUAUCCACUUGAAUGCUAAAAUAUUACCAAAAAUGUGAGAUUAAAAUAUCAAAUGUAUGUGCCGGGAGCACGUGAACUUGGAUUUAAUUCAAAUGCUUCGAAACUAUUUUUAAUAAAUAGAGUAACUAUAUUUCAUUUUAAAAUUGAGAGAUUCUAAUUAUUCUUGUAUGUAAAUAAUAGCGUUAUAACAUUCGAAUAACGGUUAAAAAAAUUAACGAAUGAUAUCUUCAAGUGAUUGUAUAUAUGUAUAGUUAUUGACAGAUGUGUAUUUUUUUUCAAUUAAAAAAUGAAAAGAAAACGAGCCUCUGAUUGCAAAGACAUCAAUAAACACCACGUACAUGUCUACGUGCAUUAUUCAAUUGUGUAUUCGAUGGACUACACGUAUUUAGCAAUUGAAUUUUAUUUACUUUCGUCAUUAAAUCAGUAAUUUAUGAAUUGAUUGUGGCCACUGCCCUUGAUUUGAGGCUUGCUGCAUUAAAAAUUAUUGAAAGGAUUCAAUUAUCAUUAUCUUGAAAACACCAAUUUCAGAAUUAUUCGAAACUCUGAAUCUCGACAAUGAUUUGUCGUAUUUUCUAAUUUGAAAGUAGCGAGCGAUUAUUAGGUGUAAGGAAUCCCCUUACUGGUGUCUUCCCUCGAUUUAUCCCCUCUCUUCCAAUAAAUCAAUCAAUACUUCACGAACAUUAUGAAUGGACAUUGAGAAAAAUGUUAAUUAGUCUUCAAUUUUCAUUUAAAAUUCUUGCAUUUCAUGCAGUUGAGUGGGUUCUCGAGAGAUAUUAGGGCUUCUAUUUUACAAAAAAAUGGCAUCUAAAAUUUCGAGAACCAAUUCAAUUGCACGGACUCUCUAAUUAUGAAAACCCAAUGAUCUAAAGACAAUAAUUUGGUGGAUAAUGAGUCAAGAGACAGGGAAACAAUUUUAUGGCAUUAGUCUGCAUUUUUAUUUGCAAUUCAUCAUCUUUCUGGAGAUCCAACAUUUUAAAUAAUUUAUUAACAUUCAAAUAUGGUUGUUACUAUUAAUUUACUUGCCUCUCAUUAUUUAUUCUCUUCUCAGCUGUUGUGAGCUUCGAUGCAUCGAAAAAAAAAAAUUAUGUACUCCUGCUUUGGAACAUGUAUCUUUCGUUGUGAAUCCUCUUGCGAAAAUUGUACCUGCCCAUUGUAUAUCGUAGCUUUGUCGCAAUGUACGAGUCUAGUUCAACAAGUGUACGAAACAAGUUGAUUAAAUUAAUAUAGGGAAAGACACGAAACAAAGUGUACAGGAAGCUGUAUGCAUUAUUUUCAUAGAACCAGUUUGUUUAUUUAUCAAAACAAUACGAAGGAACAAUGUAAAGGAAAUUUCAAGUUUAUCGAAAUCGUAAUGGAAAACUCAAUGUACCUAAUAGGAAAUUGGGCAAUUCAACGUAGAAUUAAACUGAGCUAGUGUUUACGUAAGACGUAUUACAAGGUAAUUGCGUUUUAUCAUCAUUUCGGUCUGUGGAUUCGAAGGAAAAUCUCUUUGUUUCCAACUACGUACUUGUUUAAUUAAUUUUUUUACAUUUUUUUUGAGAAUCGAGAGACGCAGCUUCAACGUACAAAUUUAUUUUCACUGGAUUAACGAUAACAAGACAUCAAAGACCAAGAAUGAUAUGAAAUUCGCAGCAUAAAAUACUAGAAAAAUAUAAAUAAGUAGGGGAAUACGAGCGUUCAAUUAUGAAACUCACUUGAUUUGAUUAUCUUUUAUAUUCAAAUAUUCUUUUUUGAUCAGUUGUUUAGGCCCCAAAUCGUGACUUUCGUAAUUCUUAAUGAGUAGAAAAAAUAAAUGACAGCAUUUGACUGUUUCUUAUUUGUCAGUUAUUUACAAUGAUUGUAUUAUGUAUAAACACGACUAGCAAAAAUUAUAUUGUAAAUAGAAGAAAAAUUCUCCCAAUAAAACACAACAGUA